AUGUGUUCUCUUCUGCUAUGCUGAUUCAUCACAUAUAUGAUUAUUAUUCGUUUCACUGCUAUAUCCACCUCAUCUAUGGCCCAGACCCGGCCCCUCCCAUUUUCAAAGACAUAAAGGGAGGGACCAUGUAAAUUUUCAUUUUUUUGGCAUUUACUUUUAAAUUUUUAUUUUUCUUACAGUAUAAAUAAAAAUAAUUUAGAUUUUCCCUUUUUCUUUUAUCAACUGUCUUGUACUAGGGUGUCUUUGGUAAGGAGGGAAAUACUUCUAUUUUUGCUUUAUUUGAUUGAUUGAAAUUUUGAAAAAAUAUUUUCUUUUUACAAAAUGCAUCUUCUAAAAUUAAAAAAAGAAAAUACUCUUCUAAGACAAUUAGGAAAUAUGUGUUUCAUAAACUUCAUUAUACAUUGAUUGUAUGUGAAUUUUCGUAGAAUUGCAUUUAGUGUGUGGCCUAGUGAUUCAAUGAAGUUGAAUUAAGCACCAUAAGAUCCCAAAUUCAAUUUUCAACAAAGAAAAGCAUUCUCAUAUAUACAUUGGGUGAUUUUUCCCAUAUGUUCUAUCCUAACUUGAUAUUUGUUGUUGAUCGGAGGUGACAGAUAUUCUGUGAAAUUAAUCGAGGUGUGCAUAACCUUACUGGAUAGAGUUAUCUGAUACAUAUGGGAUGGUUGGAGGAGACAGAUUUUUAUGAAAUUAAUCAAAGUACGGACCAACUAAUACAAACAUCAUGAUUAUAAAAAAAAAAUAAAAAAUUGUAAAAUUAUUUUCUUCUUCUCAAAUUGUGAAUAGAUAUAAAAAUUAUUUUCUCGUAUUUUUUGGCCCUCGGAGUUAAUGUUCACUUUGUAUUUUGUCCAUCCAUCAUCUAUUAUUGUGAAAUGUUAUUUCACGGUCCAACCAAAAAAGAAACUGCAUUCAGUGUUAACUUGUCUAAUUAUUUAUCAGUAAUCUGGAUUAUUUGUCUAAAAUAUUAAAGAAUCAAUUUUUUUUAAAAAAAGUUCAAUAAUAAUAAAAAAUAUUUUUGGGAGGAGUACUUACAUGGUAUCCGUAAAAUAUCAUCUCUCUGACUCUAUCCAAAGCUUUCAUCAAGAAGCAUAAAUGGUGGUGCCACUGGCGGGCAAAUUGAGUCUGCCUAACAGUCCUUCUUCUUAGCUUCAAUCGUUUUCUCCUUCCUUUCUUCCUUCCUUCCUUCCUUCCUUCUUUCCUCUAUCACACAAUCAACUUAAGGUCAAUGUUGCAUGCAGUAUAUGCCCCCAAAACUUGCAGUAUAUCAUAUUCAAGAAUCCCUUGUUAUCAAAAGCCUUUAGCCCCAGUAAGGCUUAGAGUGUCAGCUUCACUUCCUGAGCAGUCUAAUGGGGUUAAGGUUGAGUACACUCCUUGGUUGAUUGUUGGACUAGGAAAUCCUGGAAACAAGUAUCAUGGGACUCGACACAAUGUUGGUUUUGAGAUCAUUGAUAGAGUUUCUCACGAGGAGGGAAUCUUGUUAAACACAAUACAGUCGAAAGCGUUGAUUGGGAUAGGUUCUAUAGGAGAGGUACCUGUUGUAUUGGCGAAGCCUCAGGCCUACAUGAAUUUCAGUGGAGAAGCAGUUGGACCGCUUGCUGCAUAUUAUCAGGUGCCAUUGCGUCACAUCCUUCUGGUUUACGACAAGAUGAGCUUACCCAAUGGUAUUUUGAGGCUUCAGCCUAAAGGAGGACAUGGCCAUCAUAAUGGGGUGAAAAGUGUGAUGGAACAUUUGGAUGGUCGCCGUGAAUUUCCACGAUGUUGCAUAGGCAUUGGAAAUCCACCUGGGACCAUGGACAUGAAGGCCUAUCUUUUACAAAAAUUCAGUGAUACGGAGCGAAAACAGGUGGACGCAGCACUUGAUCAAGGAGUUGGGGCUAUCAGGACGGUAGUAUUGGAAGGCUUUGGCACUAGAAUCUCGCGAUUUAAUAUAGGGCAGAAAUACAAGUAUCACAAAGUUUGAUGUAAUGAAUCUAGAGUGAAUGUAUGAAAGACCACAAUAGUUACAUAGUAACUCAAGUCUAACUAGUUGAGCGUCUCAUGCUGAUCAUGCAGCGUCUGUAAACACUUGUAGAAUAGACUUAUUUAGAGUUCCAUUUUGCAAAGUUGUUAUUGAGCAUGUUA